AUGGAGCGGCGGAGCAGUGUGGCCAGGUCUGAGAAGGCCGUGCGGGCCAAGAAGAAAUCAUGGAUCAAGGGAGCCCCCAUUGCCAGCGGCUCGUUUGGCAGCGUGUACUUUGCCAUGAACACCAAGACCGGCAUCAUCAUGGCAGUCAAGGAAGUCGAGCUGCCGACACCAGGAUCGGCAUCGCUGGGUCGCAAGCAGCGCAUGGUUGAUGCGCUGCGGCACGAGCUGGCGCUGCUGCAGGACUUGGAUCACAAGAACGUUGUGCAGUACCUGGGCACGGACCUCGACGACCAGAUGAUGUACAUUUUCCUCGAAUACGUGCCCGGCGGCUCUGUUGCCAGCGCGCUGGCGAGCUACGGAACUUUCCCCGAGCCGCUGAUCCAGACAUACACGGCGCAGAUUCUCGAGGGCCUGGUGUACCUGCACGGGCAGGGGAUCAUCCACCGCGACAUCAAGGGCGGCAACGUGCUGAUUGACCAGAACGGCAGCGUCAAGAUCUCUGACUUUGGCAUCUCCAAGCGUGUGGACGAGGCCGUUGCGAGCAACAAGCUUGGCAACCGGGCAUCGCUGCAGGGAUCGGUGUUUUGGAUGGCGCCCGAGGUGGUCAAGAACACGCACUACACGUACAAGGGCGACAUCUGGAGUCUUGGCUGCCUGGUUAUCGAGAUGAUGACGGGCCACCACCCGUUCCCUGAGCUCGAUCAGAUGCAAGCGCUGCUGACGAUUGGGCAGAUGGGGCGACCAAAGAUCCCGAGCGGCAUCUCGGCCGAGGCGCUCAGCUUCCUGGAGGCCACGCUGGAGCUGGACGUCGAGAAGCGGCCCAGCGCACUCGAGCUUCAGAGCCAUCCAUUUGUGCGGGACAUCCAGCCCUCCACGCCCUGA